AUGGCGAAUGUUGUCGACACGAAAUUAUACGACAUCCUCGGCGUGUCUCCAUCUGCCUCCGAGAACGAGCUCAAAAAGGCUUACCGGAAACUAGCAAAAGAAUAUCAUCCUGACAAGAACCCAAAUGCUGGAGACAAGUUCAAAGAAAUCAGCUUUGCAUACGAGGUGCUGACCAACCCAGAGAAAAAGGAGCUGUAUGACCGCUAUGGAGAACAGGGCUUGCGGGAAGGAGGCGGGUGUGGAAGCGGAAUGGACGACAUCUUCUCCCACAUCUUCGGCGGAGGCCUGUUUGGCUUCAUGGGUGGCCAGGCGGGCCGGACCCGAAAUGGAGGACGGAGGAGAGGAGAGGACAUGGUCCAUCCACUCAAAGUGUCCCUGGAAGACCUUUACAAUGGGAAAACAACAAAAUUACAACUCAGCAAGAAUGUUCUGUGUAGCACUUGUAACGGGCAGGGCGGCAAGACAGGAGCUGUACAGAAGUGUGUGACCUGUAGGGGGCGUGGCAUGCGCAUCAUGAUCAGACAGCUGGCUCCUGGGAUGGUGCAACAGAUGCAGUCUGUGUGUACCGACUGUAACGGAGAAGGUGAAGUCAUCAGCGAGAAGGACCGCUGUAAAAAAUGCGAGGGCAAGAAAGUGGUGAAGGAGGUGAAGAUCCUGGAGGUGCACGUGGACAAAGGCAUGAAGCACGGACAGAAGAUCACAUUCGGCGGAGAGGCGGACCAGGCGCCCAGCGUCGAACCCGGAGACAUCGUCCUCGUCCUCCAGGAGAAGGAGCACGAAACUUACAGACGAGACGGUAACGACCUGCACAUGGUCCACAAGAUCGGCCUGGUGGAGGCGCUGUGUGGCUUCCAGUUCACGUUGAAACAUUUAGACGGCAGACAGAUUGUAGUCAAGUAUCCUGCUGGAAAAGUCAUUGAGCCAGGCUCUGUGCGGGUGGUGCGAGGAGAGGGAAUGCCACAGUACCGAAACCCAUUUGAGAAGGGAGAUCUGUAUAUCAAGUUUGAUGUCCAGUUCCCGAGCAACAACUGGAUCAGCCCAGAGAAACUCACGGAGCUGGAGGACCUGCUACCAUCGCGGUCAGAGGCACCAAUCAUCACUGGGGACACGGAAGAAGUCGACCUGCAGGACUACGACGCCAGUCAGAGCUCAACAGCUGGUGGCCGCAGAGAGGCCUACAACGACAGCUCUGACGAGGAGGGCAGCCACCACGGGCCGGGCGUGCAGUGUGCACACCAGUAGGCUCAAACAUACACAUAUAUACACAAACACACACAGACAUACGUACAUACAUGAAUGGCAGCCCACAUGGGAGGAAUAUAUGCAUGUUGCACAGAAGAGUAAACAAUUUGGUUCAGACUGGAGAGGCUUUGUGGUUCCCAAAACAAACCAGGGACUAAAUUAAACUAUGACAAAUAGAUGUUGUCUCAGUCUGGGAAACAUUUGUGCGUCAGGGCAGGCAGAAAACUUCAGUUAUGUUGUGUUUGAAACAGAUUCAGAUAUUACAAAAGUUUUUUUUUUUCUCCCCCGUACCCGUUGAGAAAAAAAAAGAUUAUAUCUGAAAUGUAUUGAAACAGGUGGUUGGCCCAUUAAUGCCUGUAUAAUCCAGGGUUAUUCCUAUAAUCUGAGCCUUUAUUCUUGAGUCUGUUGGCCCUGUUCAAAUCCCAGCCCUCUAAACUCCAGAUCAGAUGCUGAAGGGGACCGUACUUGUUUGCUCAAUGUGUGACUUGCAUUUUGUUUUCAUAGUAUUUACAAUAAUUAAUUUAAAAACUAACCAAUGUGCAUAUACAGACAUGCAGCUGAGAGAUUUGAAACACACAUCUCUGGACUCAUUUCUCCAUGGUUUCAUUCACUCAGCACCAUUCUUAGAAUUUAUUUCUGUGUGAUUUUUACUGCUUUACUUUCUUUGUAGGUUUAUACUUGUUUUCCUUUCUUUAUAUUUUAAAUUCAAACAAUAUUGAAUAUUGUGUAUAAUUUGAUGGAACUGGUUGUCGGUAAGCUUUAUCAGCUGCUGUAUUCAAAGUUGUGUUAAAAAAGAACAGUGAAGUGACAAAUCUAUGGCCUGUAUCUGUGCUGAGAUCUUGUGCAUGUACAAAACCGCUUUGGUUCCUGCACUUAUCAAGCAUUCAGUCAAAUGGGUGGACAUCAUUGAAUAACACUUCUUAAGAAACAUUUAUGAAGCUGUUGAAUAAAUUGUUGAAUUAUCAAUCAUCUAA